CACAGUGUCAUUCUCCAAAUAUUGAAGAGCAGACAAAACCAAGACAAGCACAAAGUUCAGACCUUGAAAGUGGAAACUACCCAUCUUUUGAUUUACAAAAACGCUCAAGGUUUUCAUUGUCCUCCCUGAAGGUUCCAAUGGUUCCAGGAGAACAUCAUUUUGGGAAAUUUCAUGAAGUUUUAUUGGACCUACGUAGCCAGGUUGAGAAUUUGCUCAAUGAGCAGCAAAAAGCGCUGUUAAAAUCUCAUGAACAAAAGAAAGAUUUAAGAAAACAGCUUGAGAAAAGUGAAGCUCGAAACAAAGAUCUUGAGAAAGAACUUGAGGAGAGUGAGGCUCAAAACAAAGAGCUUAACAAUAUAAUCUUAGACCAGCAUACAGCCUUGGCAAGCUAUGAAAAUCAAAUCAAGAAUCUAAAGAAAGAACUGGAUCAGGUUGGCUCUCAGGAGUUGAGGGGUGAAACUACGACCAAUGAGUGUGAUGGCUUGAUUAGCAAGUACAACCAAGCAUUGAAGCAGCGAGACUUAGCAUUAGCAAACUUGAAUACCAUUGGAGCAGAGCUAAAGGAGAUGCAAAAAAACUUGGAAUUAGGAAAGAAGGUCUGGCAUGCUGAGAGGAUAGCUUUGGCUGAGAGGCUUACUAAAGCGAAAGAGGGUUGGGAAGCUGAGAAGAUAGAACUGACUACAAUUUUGACAAAAGAGCACCAGGACUCCACUUGGAAAUACAACCAAGCUUUGAAGGAGCGAGACACAGCCUUGAAUGAUCAGAAAAAUCUGCGAAUACAGCUGAAAGAGGUUCAAAAAGACUUAUACAAGUCCUGGGAUGAGUUGGAAUCAGGGAAGAAGGAGCUUUACACAGCUAUGAACGAGCUGAGAAUCUUGGAAGCAGAGCUAAAUGAGGUUCGAGAGGACUUGUUCAAGUCCCGGGCUAAGUGGGAACUCGGCAAGAAGGUGCAGGAGGCUGAGAAGAUCGAACUGACUAAGAGGCUUAACAAGUUCGGAACAGAGAUAAAACAGAUCAGAGAGGAGUUGUCUGACUUGGCCAAGAUCCAGGAGAAGCACAUUCAACAAAAUGAGAACGCAUAUUGCGCAGGGUAUCUGACUGGGUGGUUCAGGGAGCCUCAUGAAUAUAUUUCCCUGAGAAGCCAUGAGGCAAAGGAAGUUACUGUCCAGGUUCAUAAACCUCUGGAGGCCACAUCUUCACUUUCUCAUUCUCUUGCCUUAGUUAGACGUUUCGGAAGUGCUGGUCCAUAGUCCAUAGAUGCGGAUUACACCUGUCAUCUGAUAUAUAUGAUUUGGUUUGAGUGUUGGGACUUGGGGAUUUAGAGCUUAACCUAACUAGUUCAAUAGACUGAGCAGAGUUUUAUCAAGUUGGGUCUUGUUAAUGAAGCUUUUCAACAAAAAUGUUGGUCUCCCAAAUAAUCUGCAUUUAUAAGCAAGCUAAUACAUAUAUGAAGUUUCAUCCCAGUGAAGUUGAUGUAUAAUACCAGUGCUUUUUCUACAAUUUAUGCAGGCACAUUUAUACGCUCC